AUGAGCCGUUUAUCAAGCCAUUCUAGUGAUGAUAAGUAUAUCAAAUCACAAUCAAACAGGUUUCAUAAUUCAAGCAGAAGAUCUCAGAUUAAGGCAGAAAUGGUCAAUGGAGAAAUACUGAUAGACCCUCUUGAAGCAGAGCGCUUCAAGAUCCUCCAGACCAAAAAGUCAAAGGAUAAAGGAUUUGUACAAGAAUUUGAAAGGAUUUAUGGCUUCAACAGAGAGCCUGAACAACUUGAAUCUCAUAAGAAAUUAUUCAAGAAAUCUCCCAAAAAGGCCAACAUUCAUAGAAAAGACAGUGAUAAGUCUGAUAGUGUUGAGGCUGAGUUUGCUAAAGAAUAUUGGCCAACUAAUCAAACAAUUGAUGUCAAAGAGAAAGCUUUCUCUAAGCUAGAGUUCAUGAAUUAUUCAAAGCAGCAGUCUCAAAUGAGACUUAAAGAGAAAGAAGUUGAGCAAAUCAGAUUCAAACUCAGAAGAAAGAUCAAAGGACAGUUCUUAAGAAGACUCCAGAAAAUAGAAGAGCAGUUUCAUAAUGAAAUAGAGUGCUUAAAAUAGCCAAAAUCUUAUUAAAGAAAACCAAAUCAUAUGCAAUAAGGAAACUAUAUUGAAGUUAGAGAAUGAGGUAGCAGAAAAAGAAAUACUAGUGACUCAGCUUAAAACCUUCUGUAAUGAGAUAGUGCAAUAUUUCACAAGAAAGCAGAAGAAGAAUGAUAUGCCUGGAUUUCUUGAGCCUAAGAAGCAGAAUGAGGAGGAUACAUUGUCCAUCUCUAAAGGAUUUCAGCUCCAUAACAUGCUAGUUCAUUUACAGGAAACAUCUUCCCAUCUACGUCCGAUCCCUUUAGCAAAGAAGUUCCUGGAGAUAGUCUACUCUUCAAUGAAGGAAGAUAUGAAGUCAUUCAAGACUCUUGGCCUCAUGCAGGAUAAGGAGAUCCAGCAGUUAAGAAUAAAUGUUGAAGUGGAACAAGAAUUCUCAGCAAAGCUUAAAAUUCAGAAGGAAUUAGAGAUCCAACAGAUGAAAGUGGAUUUUGAAGAGAAAAUUAAGGAUCUCAAGGAAGACUAUGAGGCCAAAAUCAAAAGGCUAGAGGGAUACCAAAGCUUGCUGAAGAAAGAAGUUAGAGUUAAGGAUCAAGUAAUCAAGAAUUAUACAAUUAAUUUAUCAAAAAGUCUCAAUGAGCUCCGAGCAUGCAAAGUUGUACUUAAUACUCCAGUGAUUUAUAUGAACUUAAGGAAGAAUUGCAAACCUGGGCAAGAUCUUGAUUUUGAAAAAGUUAUAAAAGCAGCUGAAGGAGCCAAAGAUACCCAACAUCUUUUCAGUACUAUGGACAUUCUCAACUCUUACGAAACUUCAAAACAGAGCCUCAGAAUCAAAACUGCUAAAAGUAUAGCUACUCGUAAAAGAAUCAGGAUUUCUUCCCAUGUCAAAAUGAGGCACUCUAUAAACCUUAACAGCACGCAGACCCACUUGAAGGGUAGGCUGGACUCUCUGAAUUUAAGCGAUUUCUAA